AGCAAAUACACUUUGGAGUUUGCUGUCAGCCGAGUAGAAUGUCGAAUAAGUCGAAUGCAGAACUUUCAAGAAUGACCAUUGCAGCAAUGGAUAUGAUUUGCUAUUCUAAGGAAAAGAUUGAAUCUAGAGCUGAUUUAAUGAGACGCAUUAUUGCAGAGGCAGAGAAAACCUUCAAACAGUCUGUACCCGGUUUCGAUCUAGACUUUGUUUUGACCGGAAGCAAAGGUGACGGCAUAGCUAAGCUAUUUGAAAGUGAUAUUGACGUUAUGAUAGUUCUUCGUAAGUUCCUCUGUUUAGACAAUGCUCGAUUGGAAAAUGAACUAAACAUAAUACAAAUUCUCUCAACUGAUUCUCCACCAGGUUAUACAAAACUCAACCCUUUAGAUAUGGAGUGUAAUUCUUUUGGAGCAGUUUUUUUAGGUUUUACUUCUGCUUAUGAUUUAAAUCGUGGUCAAGUUUUUCUGUCAAGCACAUGUGCUAGAAAUUUAAUGGAGCUCGCGUAUGAACUCUUUCCUUUACCGUACGAAGGGGUUCAUCGCCAAAUGAAACAACAAUGUGGACCGUCCGUGCCAGCAUCCAUAAGUCUCAACAUUUUCACGAUCACAGCUUGGAAGUUUCCAGCUACAGAAUCAGACAAUGUAAUUGCACUGCCUUACAUAUCCUCUUCAAUACUGGAUGUUUGGAAGAAACGCAACAGAAAAUGGCCCCCGCCACACCUGUGUCAAGAAGUGUCGGAAACGGAAGGUUUUGUCGUUCCUGUUGGAUCCUCCUAUAGCGAGGAACAGAACUUUGAAUGGAGGAUUUCCUUCACAAAGGGUGAGAACAUUCUUGUGUCUCACUUCAGCUCAGUGCAAUUAAAACUUUAUAUUUUGCUGAAAAUGGUUUUCAAGAAAAUCGUUAAACCCAAUUGUGGCAUGAUUACAUCUUACAUAGUCAAGAAUAUUUUAUUCUGGGUAGCAGAAAGGAACAAUUUGGAUAUGUUCACGCCGGAUAAACUCAUAGAUCUGCUACUACAAUGUUUAGCGUUUUUACGGGAAUGUUUACACUCUAACUUCCUUCCAAAUUACAUGAUUCCAAGCAGAAACCUACUUCUGGGAAAGGGGACACCACAUGACAAGAUAAAAUUAAAUCGUACGUUAACAGACAUAUUGGAGGACAGUGACUGUGUUGUAAUGCGCUUAGACACAAUUCGAAACUCUAUUAGAGUCAUAUAUCAAAGUCCAGUUAGUGCGAGACAAUAUUCUGAAAUGAGAGAUGAUGUUGAGAAACUUGCUAUAUUAACGAACCUCAUAGUCUGUUCUAAAAUGUCCCCAGCUUUAAUGCAACAAUCUACCUUCGUAUAUGAUCUGCUGUUUGAAUUUUUCAAGGAACCUUCUUUCUUUGGAAUUUUGUUUUCGCUGUUUAGUCUUCUAAAUGUGGAUUUAUCAUCCUUCGCUAGUAACCCGGGGCAGUUAAUGGAGUUGCUCUAUGGUCUCUUAUCAUAAUAGAUAAUGAUAAAAUUGUACAUUCAGACAAUAGUAAACAGAAUUUAUGUCCAGAUUUAUUGGUGGGAGAUGACCUAAGGUGCCUUUCCAGACAUAUGCAGCACGUGUGCGGGAACUUGGGUAGAACACCGAUAUUUGAUAGCUCCCUUACAUGAAUAAAAUCUACUUAGGAGCGUGGUUUGACCCAUCAACGAGUGGCAAUUAAUUUGUAAUAAAUGUCAUAACUGGGUAAACCUUCAUUUCUUGUUUUCAGUGGUUUAUUGAAAUUUCGCGGUGGUAAUGAAUUUGAACAUUUCACUUUUUUGAACAGUGAAUUUAUCAUGAUAAAUACACUGUUGGAACACGCUAAUUUGAUUGGAAGAGAGAAAUCUUAACAUAAUGUUUGAAACGCCUGUCUUUAAAAGGUAUAUCGUUAAAACAUUUCUUGUAUAGCACAUAUGCGUAUUCAUAAUACAAUAAUCAAAGACGGAGGUGUAUAGUUAUUAAAGCAUAUUAGUGACAUCUGGGUUGCAAUUUAUUGUUCAUCCGCGCGAAAGUUUGUAAGAGUACACUUUUGAUGUUUUUAUUACUAAAACAAUUAUUGAAGAACACAGUUAGGUCUAUUAAAUUUAUCCAUAAUUAUAUAUAUAUUUUUUUAUAUGUCUGCCCUGAUGAUUAUGAUAUGAAACCGGUAGGUAGACAGAAAUACAGAUAGAGGAAACCCAUUGGAUGUUUUUUCUUUUUUAUUUAUUAUAAUACUUGUCCAGGAGUAACUUUUAAUAUUUUCUAUCACAUUUUUAUAUGUCUGCCCUGAUGAUUAUGAUAUGAAGCCGUAGGUAGACAGAAAUACAGAUAGAGGAAACCCAUUGGAUGUUUUUCUUUUAUAUAUAUAUAAUUUGCAUAUUCCUCUUCUAGGGCUAUAUUUUGAAAGAAAUUAAGAAAAUUUAGCGACUUGUCCCAGCAGAAGGUCUUCGGACCAGUUAAAAUGUUUUAUACUAAGUAUUCAUUUAGAUAAUUUUUCGACCACAUAAAAUCUUAUAUCGCAUGCCUUUUGCUAUUGGUUUCAGUAAGGUAUAUAUUGUAAAGAGAAAUAUUGUCAAGAUAAGCUAUACAUUACGGUCCGUUUUGCAAGUCAAGAGGUCAUACGAACGAACAAAACUGCAGAAGAAAGCACUGCUCUCCACAAAAGUGUGUUGCAAUUGUUUGAAUUGCUUAGCACGUUUAUUUUUAAAAGUAUAGACUUGAAUAGAAACAUGUACAUGUACUUAAAUAUAUUCUACAAGAACAUUAAACUGAUAAAGAAAGA